CAAUGUGUAUUGGAUGUAUGUAUUGGAUAUAUGUCUUCUGUAGGAAAACUGGUGCUGUGUUCAAACUUCGAACGAUAAACAAAAGCGAAUAAAUUGCAAAAAUGAGUAAUUCAACUAUUUCUGAUCAAUCACUCAUGGACAAGUCUAUGCGAAGUGUUUUCGUCGGGAAUAUCCCGUACGAAGCUACGGAAGAAAAUUUAAAGGAUAUUUUUAGUGAAGUUGGACCAGUGCUUUCAUUUAAAUUAGUAUUUGAUCGGGAAACAGGCAAACCUAAAGGAUAUGGCUUUUGUGAAUAUAAAGAUCAAGAAACAGCUCUUAGUGCUAUGAGAAAUUUAAAUGGUUAUGAAAUUGGUGGAAGAACAUUAAGAGUUGAUAAUGCAUGUACAGAAAAAAGUCGAAUGGAAAUGCAAAGUCUUUUACAAGGACAAAAUACUGAAAAUCCUUAUGGAGAAGCAGUACAAUCAGAUAAAGCUCCAGAAGCUAUAAGUAAAGCUGUUGCAUCUUUACCACCUGAGCAAAUGUUUGAACUUAUGAAACAAAUGAAACUUUGUGUACAAAAUAAUCCAAAUGAGGCACGUCAGAUGUUGCUUCAAAAUCCUCAAUUAGCAUAUGCUCUAUUACAAGCUCAGGUAGUAAUGAGAAUAGUGGAUCCCCAUACAGCAGUUAAUAUGUUACAUAAAGCAAAUCCAAUCCCAGGUGUAUUAACACCUUCUGAUAAACCAAAUGUACAUUCAGUUGCACCCCGAAUUGAAGAACCAUGGGCACCUACACGUCCAGCGACAGUUACUAAUCCUCCAGCGUCUAUUUUUGCUGGACAAGAUGUUGAUUUACGCACAUUGGACAGACAAAUGGAUCCACGUUUAGCUAGAAUGGAUCAAGAUUUAAGAGGACCACAACAAGUACAACCAACACCUGUUAGUUCAUCUUCAGUUGUAUCUGCCAAUACUGAUCCUAGAGGAAUUAACACAUUUAAUAUUUCAGACAACACACUUCCUGUUGAAGGAGUUGAGAGUUUCUGUCGUGAUCCAAGAACAGAUAGAUUUGGUAGAGAUCCAAGAGAUCCCAGAGAUCCAAGAAUGCCUAUUGAUCCUAGAAUUACAAAAGCUAAUCCACCAGUACCAGUUGCACCACCAGUGGUGCCAAGACCUGUUGUUGCACCUACUGGUCAAUCUUCAAAUGUUGCUACAGCUAGUGUAGCAACUCCUGUUACUUCAUUGACUACAUCAACUACAUCCGCAACAUCAAGACUUAUGGCAGGCAUGUCUCCAGCAGGAAAUAUACCGAGUGGAGCAUCUGAUCAAGAAAAGGCGGCUUUAAUAAUGCAAGUAUUACAAUUAUCGGACGAACAAAUUGCUAUGUUACCACCUGAACAAAGGCAAAGUAUCUUAUUAUUAAAAGAACAAAUUGCUAAAAGUGCACAACGUUAAUACUUUUAGUAAUUCUUUGCUUUUUAUAAUAAUAAACAUUUAAAUUCUUGUAAAAAUAUUUUACUCUUUGUAAAAAUCGUAAUAGUUUAAUAUAUAAACUUAUUUCGAUAUGAGCAAGUUUAAAAAAAAAUUUUUUUGAUAUUAAUAAUAAUAUAAUAAAACAGAAAAUAAUAUCACAAGAAUGAACUGAACAUAAAAUUACACUGAAACUUAAUAAUUUUAUAUUAACUUAUCAUUAUAAAUAUCAGAAAUAAACAUGUAUUAUUAUUUAAGAA